AUGCUCGACCCCAGGCAAUUCUUGCUUCCGGCCCUCUAUCUGGAUCCAGCAACACAGGCUUUGCUUCUGCAGUCGUCAGCUCAGAGCACGUCUUCUGGUGGCGGUAAAAUGGGACUUCACUCUUCAUUCCGGAUUUCUGACCUGCUUCAAACUCCUACCACGGCUAAAAGCCUGCCAGUCGAACAAGGUUGAACAUUUUUCGAAAAAAAGUGACUUUUUAAAUAUACUGUGGGCUCAACUUUAAACGAGCCUUGCCUUCAUAAAAUUCAUUUUCAAUUUUUCACGUUUGUCAGUAUGAAAAAAGUGAACAAUUUUGAUCGCUUUUAGUCUAAGAAAAGAAAGAUUUUUCUAAGCUGCUUGCAAAUUUUUUGAUCUUUUCGUUUGGGAAUUUUUUUUCUCCUUGAGUCAAUGGUAAUUGGAGUAUACUCCAUCAAAAAAAAAAGCUAUAAAAAUUAAAUGAUCUUUUUUCUAUUUUUUUCAUUCUAUCAAUGAUUUGAAACUUUUAAAAUCCAAAACUGUGGAGAACAAACAAGAAUCACUCAGUCAGACAGAUUUUGCGGUAAACUGAAUAUCCACUUUUCGCAUCUCACAAGCUCAUUCAACCGUACUUGAUUUCUGCCUCACCUACAGUGCGUUGCAAAGCGUAGAACAAUCCGAGUCAAUUUGCAACGUGUGUGAGUGCGUAGGGAAAAUGAUAGUAUUUAGAGGAUUACCGUGCCAACAAGUUCUUUUUCCGGGGCAAUAGGUCACGAUAACUGAAACUGAAUACGAAGAUUAGGGGUUUCAGAUCCGUCGCCUCGCACCAACUCCUCGGACUCGCUGUGCUCCCCGCGACUGACGAGUCCAUGCACAGAAAGGUCCGGAAACGUCAGCCCGAGUAGCACUUUGGGCUCGAAAAAGGCUCGAAAAGCUCGGACGAUCUUCACCGACAAGCAGCUCCAAGAGUUGGAGACGACUUUUGAGAAGCAGAAGUACCUCUCCGUCCAAGAUCGGAUGGAACUUGCUCACAGGAUGGGCCUCUCCGACACCCAAGUCAAAACUUGGUACCAAAACCGGAGGUCUGUUUUGGAUUAUUUUUGAGCGGAUCGUUCAGUUUAGUUUUCCAGCUCUUUCUAGCUUCCAGCUCUAGGAAAAGUCAACCAUUGGAGUGGAAAAUGAACCAUUGAUAAUCUUUGAUUUUAACUAGUAAAGAAGGCUCACAAUCAUUUUUGGACGAAACGUCGGAAAUAAUUCCAAAAAAAAUGCAAACUCUCCUUUUUUCCGUUUUUCUAUGACCUCUCAAUCCUGAAAAAAAUGAGCAGCCUCAUUGUUUCUGUAUUUUGAUAGCAGCCAGAAAAAAAGGCUAAUAAUUGGGGUAAUAUGCGGCAUCAAAGGGCCGAAAAUUCAAUUAGUGUCUCGAGCGGCGGCCCUCACAUAGCUUGAUCUUGUAUUCCAUCCCUUAUUAAUAACGACCCAUGCGCUGUCUCAACAUUCGUUUUUCCCUCCUGCGCCAGACAAUCCGACAAGAUUAUUGUAGCAGGCCAGGUUAAUUCCCAAUUGUCCGCGCACCUCUCAAGUGGGCUUGUUUGCCUCUUUAUGACGGUUAAAAUUACAUAUUUUGAGAGUUAAUCGCAUUGCCGACCCGAAACCAACAUGGUUAGUUUUCAAAUACAAUCCUGAGAAAAGUUCGACAAAAGCCAGCCAUGAAAGUUUUCGAUCCUAGACUGAACUUUUUGAGAAAGAAAUAUUUGAAAAACUUUGAAACUUUUUGAAUUUUUGUUUGAAAAAGCAGUAAAAAGUAUUAAUUAUUCAAAACAAGUGAAUAUAGACCAUUAUUCAAAAAUAGCUUGGCAGAUUCAAAAAUUUCUCUUUUUCCAAAUUCCUUAUCGAAACUGCAAUAAAGUCUGAUUUUUUUUUCAAUAUAACACAGUACAAAAAGUUAGAUGAUCUUUUCUCGAUCAAGAGCAGUUUACUGUUUCAAAAAACUCAUAAAAGCUUCACUCAAACUGCGUUUUUUCCCAACACAUUGAUGACAACUUCUUCCCAGACUUUUUUUGAAUAUCAAUUUUGUCAACAGCCUUAAGAAUAUUGAAGAUUAACUCUUCAGAAUUCAAUCAUCUUUUCUUUAUGUGAAUUCAAGAUAUUUCUGUUUUGCAAACUCCAAAGUUCACUCAAACGACAAUUCGCAAAGUUCUUAAGUAGUUGUUAUUCAUAACUGACUGCGAAACCGGCGUAGCGUACGGAAGAAAAAAAUACACGAUGGCGCUUUUGUGAAGGCGAGCAAUUACAAAGCUACCGUAACUGAGCGGGAAUUCUCCACGAUGAAUUAUGCUCUAGUGGCGACGCGCAAAGACCACUUUUCGACAAGAAUCGAACCCCCGAAGACGUGCUAAAUUGCAGAACCAAGUGGAAGAGGCAGGCGACGUCAGGCGUUGAUCUUCUGAGCGAUCCCGGCAACUUGGUCGCCGUCCAGAACCUCAUACGCAGCAAUCCGUUCUGGUCGACCUACUUGUCGUCGUUGCCGAUGGGUCAGAUGACGAUGCCGCCGAUGGGGAUGUGCUUGCCGACGACUUCUGUUCCUGUGGUCGUGCAGCCGACGUCUCAGUGUUCAUCUCCUUCCUCUCCUCUUGAUGUUUCCAGUACGGAUUGA